UCCUCCUCCUCCGCCGCCGCCCUCCCUUGCUCGCACUGCUCGGCUUGCUCAGCUCUGCUCAGAGCAGCGCCGCUCGGCAGCCGCCAAGCCGAGGCGGGCACACGGUCUCCCAGUUGCCAGCGCCGGCUCCUAGCUCCGCUCCUUGCUGGGCUCCGCCAGAUCUCGCUUCCGCGGGGACCCCUUCGGGUAGAAGUCGCGUGGCGAGAGCUGGCGUCAGUGGCACAAAGUUGGGGGCCCGCGAGGAUGAGGCUGUCCCUCAGGCUCAGCCGGAGUCCAGUGCUGCUGGCUCUGGCGCUGCCCCUGGCCGCGGCGCUGGCCUUCUCCGACGAGACCCUGGACAAAGUGCCCAAAUCAGAGGGCUACUGCAGCCGCAUCCUGCGCGUCCAAGGCACGCGGCGCGAGGGCUACACCGAGUUCAGUCUCCGCGUGGAGGGCGACCCUGACUUCUACAAGCCGGGAACCAGCUACCGCGUGACCCUUUCGGCUGCCCCUCCCUCCUACUUCAGAGGAUUCACGUUAAUCGCCCUCAAAGAGAACAGAGAGGGGGAUAAGGAGGAAGACCACGCCGGGACCUUCCAGAUAAUAGAUGAAGAAGAAACACAGUUUAUGAGUAAUUGCCCUGUUGCGGUCACCGAAAGCACCCCACGGAGGAGGACAAGGAUCCAGGUGUUCUGGAUAGCGCCACCUGCAGGAACAGGCUGUGUGAUUCUAAAGGCUAGCAUCGUACAGAAACGCAUCAUUUAUUUUCAAGAUGAGGGCUCCCUGACAAAGAAACUUUGUGAACAAGAUUCCACAUUUGAUGGGGUGACUGACAAACCAAUCUUAGACUGCUGUGCCUGUGGAACUGCCAAGUACAGACUCACAUUUUAUGGGAAUUGGUCUGAGAAGACACACCCAAAGGACUACCCUCGUCGGGCCAAUCACUGGUCUGCGAUCAUCGGCGGAUCCCACUCCAAGAAUUACGUGCUGUGGGAGUACGGAGGAUAUGCAAGCGAGGGCGUCAAACAAGUUGCAGAACUGGGCUCACCAGUGAAAAUGGAGGAGGAAAUUCGGCAGCAGAGCGAUGAGGUCCUCACCGUCAUCAAAGCCAAAGCUCAGUGGCCAGCCUGGCAGCCUCUCAACGUAAGAGCAGCACCCUCGGCUGAGUUUUCAGUGGACAGGACACGCCAUUUAAUGUCCUUCCUGACCAUGAUGGGCCCCAGCCCCGACUGGAACGUGGGCCUAUCUGCAGAAGAUCUGUGCACCAAAGAGUGCGGCUGGGUCCAGAAGGUGGUGCAGGACCUGAUUCCCUGGGAUGCCGGCACCGACAGCGGGGUGACCUAUGAGUCACCCAACAAACCCACAAUUCCCCAGGAGAAAAUCCGGCCCCUGACUAGUCUAGACCAUCCUCAGAGUCCUUUUUAUGAUCCAGAGGGCGGGUCCAUCACUCAAGUAGCCAGAGUCGUCAUCGAGAGAAUCGCCCGGAAGGGGGAGCAGUGCAAUAUCGUCCCUGACAACGUUGAUGAUAUUGUUGCAGACCUAGCUCCAGAGGAGAAAGAUGAAGAUGACACCCCUGAAACCUGCAUCUACUCCAACUGGUCCCCGUGGUCCGCCUGCAGCUCGUCCACCUGCGACAAAGGCAAGAGGAUGCGGCAGCGCAUGCUGAAAGCACAGCUGGACCUCAGCGUCCCCUGCCCUGACACCCAGGACUUCCAGCCCUGCAUGGGUCCGGGCUGCAGCGACGAAGACGGCUCCACCUGCACCAUGUCCGAGUGGAUCACCUGGUCACCCUGUAGCAUCUCCUGCGGCACCGGCAUGCGGUCCCGCGAGAGGUAUGUGAAGCAGUUCCCGGAGGACGGCUCUGUGUGCACGCUGCCCACCGAGGAGACGGAGAAGUGCACAGUCAACGAAGAGUGCUCUCCCAGCAGCUGCCUGAUGACCGAGUGGGGCGAGUGGGACGAGUGCAGCGCCACCUGCGGGAUGGGCAUGAAGAAGCGGCACCGCAUGGUGAAGAUGAGCCCCGCGGACGGUUCCAUGUGCAAGGCCGAGACGUCUCAGGCAGAGAAGUGCAUGAUGCCCGAGUGCCACACCAUUCCAUGCUUGCUGUCCCCAUGGUCCGAGUGGAGCGACUGCAGCGUGACCUGUGGGAAGGGCAUGAGGACCCGCCAGCGGAUGCUCAAGUCUCUGGCCGAACUCGGGGACUGUAACGAGGAGCUGGAGCAGGUGGAAAAGUGCAUGCUGCCUGAAUGCCCCAUUGACUGUGAGCUCACCGAGUGGUCCCAGUGGUCAGAAUGUAACAAGUCAUGUGGGAAAGGCCACAUGAUCCGAACCCGCAUGAUCCAAAUGGAGCCUCAGUUUGGAGGUGCACCCUGCCCAGAGACUGUGCAGCGGAAAAGGUGCCGUGUCCGGAAAUGCCUCCGAAAUCCAUCCAUUCAGAAGCUGCGCUGGAGGGAGGCCCGAGAGAGCCGGAGGAGCGAGCAGCUGAGGGAAGAGUCCGAUGGGGAGCAGUUUCCAGGCUGCAGGAUGCGCCCCUGGACGGCCUGGUCAGAAUGCACCAAACUAUGUGGAGGCGGAAUUCAGGAACGCUACAUGACUGUAAAGAAGAGGUUCAAAAGCUCCCAGUUUACCAGCUGUAAAGACAAGAAGGAGAUCAGAGCAUGCAAUGUCCACCCAUGUUAGCAAGGGUACACGUCUCCCAGGGCUGCACUCUAGAUCCCACAGUCACCAAUGGCUGGAUUGUUUGUUUGUUUAAGGCAAUUUAAAUCGUGUAUACUAGUUUUCUUUUCUGCAGUGUGGUCUGCCCAGUAGUCUUGUGGAUGCCAGGGACAUCCUUCUGUACACUUCUUGGUGGGCAAAAUCUGAGAGGGGCUCCGUCAUCCUCAGCCGGCCCUCCUGCAGCACAAGUUAGUGUCCGCUACCCAGUACUGAACAGAACUGUGUCCCUCUGCAGCAUCCACCUGGGCAGCAGGACAGAGACCCCGGCCUCCUUCACAGGGAGAGGCCACUGUGUCUGCAAAUAACUGUGCUUCGGUUCCAGGGUGUGGCAGGGAGGAAACAUUCCUGAUCAAGUGGAGAGCAGAUUCCCCUCGUUCUCGUCUGUGGCCUGCUUGCUCUUGCAGGAAACUAUUGUUUGCCCAUCUCUUCUUGUUUAGUGGAACUUAGGGUCCCUUGUUGAGUCUCCUCAGUCAUCAGUAGCUCUUGGGGAAAACAGCUGGCAGACGUGAUGCUGGGUGGCUUUUCUUCUUUCAUCGAGAAGUUGUGAAUACGUGUAUCUCACCCCCUAAUAUUGGUCCUGAUACCACAAAGGAAAAAAGUGAUGGCUGCUUCAUUUGAAUGUAAAGCAACCAGUUCUUACAGCCGAAGGAAAAGGUACCAAGUCCAGAAAUUGUUUUUCCCUUGUUUUGCAGGGUUUGGGGGACACAAUUCUCUUAGGAAGCCAGCUUUACAAAACUUCUGAUACUAGAUCCUUACUAGAACCAAGGCCAAGGCAGCAAAACUGGCCUCUGUAGAAGUCCCAAACCUGAGUUUUUAAAAUCUUCUGACACGCAGCUAGGUUUUUAAGUUUUCAAACCAGUUUCUAACAAGAAAACAUUGUUUUAUUUAUGUAAACAUUUUGCUGAGUUGGUCCACAGCCUAGCAUGCCAUUCCUUCAACAAAAAUACUAUCUCUACUUGAAAAGUUUUGGGAUUUUUUUUUUUUAAAGACAAAUCUAGGGGAAAAGGAAUGGUACAGAAUCAAGCUUGGCAGAGAAGUCUGGUGGGAAGUCAAACCUGUGUCAGCUCUCCACACCAGGGGUCUGGUCCUCCAACACAACCACAGGGAAGGUCAUGGUUUCCCAUCCCCUCCUGAGCACUCAUAAGCACACCAAAUUCAGAGAUACCGACUGCCAAGGUUUAGUGUAAAAGGACAUUUCACUGAGAAGAGUCUAUCAGCAGGUUUUACUUAUUCAUUUGUUGUUGAAAUUAUUGUUUCGUUUGUUUCAGGCCUUCGUUAUCAUGCUUAAUCCAAAUACAUACCAUGGAUGAGAUGCAUACAAUGCUUUGAAUACAUUACUUAAGAAUGUGCAUCAAACACAUCAGGAUAUUUCCAGACACAACAUUAUAUAUAUAUAUAUAUAUAUAUAUAUAUAUAUAUAUAUAUAUAUAUGCAUGCUAUAGCCGUGAUCUGUACUAUUUUCUUUAUAACACAAGAGAGAUUGUUCAAUAAACUCAUUAGGUCUAUCUUUUGUGUUUUAGUUUUAAACGAAUUCAGUGUUCAGAAAGUUGGGCCUUUUUUUACAACUGUUAUCCAUUUCAAUCACAUUUAGCUAAAAGAUACGCCUUUUGCUCCCUCAUUCUUAUCAUUAUUACCACAUCCCUGAGCUUUCUGGAGGUUUGAGUUGUUUCCAAAAUUAUUAUUUUUUUCAUCCUUAAGUGAACUGCUUUCUCCCUGAACAAAGCAGCAUAAUAUAAAGAAAUAAGAGGUUUAAUUUUCUACUUGGAAAAAAAGUAAGUCCUGAUACAGAAUCUGCCCACUUUUGCAACAUUUACUGUUAGCUGUCUGGAGGCAUCUUUCCUCUCACCUACGAAAAUCAAAUUUCCAUAUAACAGCAAUUCCUAAGCAACUAAAGACAAGCCACCCUAGUUUCUCAUGUUUUUAUCUGGUCUCUACUGGGUACAUUUUUAAUCCUCAUUUUGGAGACUUAAAACCAGGCAACUGGUUAAUGGCUGAGAAUGGGUAACAUGUUUCUUGUUACAUAAGUUGUUAUUCUUUUGUUUGUUUCCAAGGGGGAAUUUAUAAGCAUCAGAUCUCUUUCUUACCAAAGUCUUCUGUUAGGUGGUUUAUAGUUUUUCUGGCUAACUAAUCAUUUUGGAAAUAAAGACUUUUUAAUACAAAAA